AUGUUGGCAGAAGAUUCCGAGAAGUAUAGAGCAUCUUAUGAGGAUAGUGAUGUAGAAGAGCGAAUUUUACUUGUAUCAAAUGAUAAAUGGACAAUGUACUUCGAUGGUGUGGUUAACUUAGCUGGGUCGGGUACUGGGGCAGUUCUUAUCUCCCCGGAUGGACAACAUUACCCCGUCGCUGCUAAAUUGACAUUCCCUUGCACGAAUAACAUUGCUGAAUACGAAGCAUGCAUUCUCGGCCUCCAAGCCGCUGUUGAUAUGAAAAUUCGAAAGCUACAAGUUUAUGGUGAUUCAGCCCUUAUCAUCUUACAGACUGAAGGCAAAUGGCGAACACAUGAUUCUAAAUUGAUUCCGUAUCAUGAGUUCCUGGGAAGGUUGACCGAAGAAUUCCAAGAAGUAUUGUUCGAAUACUUACCAAGGUCUCAAAAUCAGUUCGUUGAUGCCCUAGCUACCCUGUCCUCGAUGUUGCAAGUAGUUGGAGGCUUGGACAUUGAACCAUUGAGAAUUGAAAUCCUUAGGCGCCCAGCUUAUUGUAUGACAGUUGAAGAGGAACUAGAUGGACAACCUUGGUAUUACGACAUCUUGAAGUAUCUAUAG